AUCGGUAUCAAAAAUAAAAAGGAAACGAAAUACGCAAAACACAAGUAAAUGACAUUAUUUUUUGCAUGGAAAAACACAUAUAACGGUGAUUUCUGCAAACCAAAGUUGUGACGUCGCUUAGAGAAAGUGCAAAAGGAACCGAGAACCAAUCAAACAUUAAGAAAUAACAGAAAGCGAUAAAUAAAAAGCGGACAAUAUUUUUUGUCAUACAGAGAUUGGAUGAUGGAGGAGCUACAAUUGCCUACCACAUCGAGGGCAGCUGCCAAUAGAGUUGGCAGCGGUGUUAGUCCCAUUGUGGACACUCAAAAUAUUGGCUGGGCCAAAAUAGAAACUGAACCGGAACAGACUUUGCGUCAACGUGCAACAGGAAAGGGAUCGACAACAGAAGCAACUACUAAAGAAAUGUCAAAUGUCGGAACAUCGACUACCAGUACAUCAUAUUCCUUUACAGGCAGUGCCCUGGCUAGUGGUAAUAUUGCCGAUCUGAAUGAAUCACCAAUAAACAAUAGCGAAUCGGCAAAUGCAGCUGGAUCAUCAUCAUCAUCAGCAGCAGGAACAUCAUCAUCAGCAUCAGCUUCAACAUCAACAGCAUCAGGAACUGAUGAAAAGGAUAAAGAACAAGAGGAGUCUCUAUAUGAGUGCAAUAUUUGUCUGGAUACAGCAAAAGAUGCAGUGGUCAGCAUGUGUGGGCAUCUAUUCUGUUGGCCAUGUCUCCAUCAAUGGCUAUUGACGCGACCAAAUCGUAAAUUAUGCCCCGUUUGCAAGGCAGCCGUCGAUAAGGAUAAAGUCAUACCGCUCUAUGGACGGAAUAGUACACGCCAAGAGGAUCCACGAAACAAGGUACCACCGCGACCAGCUGGGCAACGUACAGAGCCAGACCCAGCGCCUGGUUUUCCUGGUUUUGGUUUCGGUGAUGGCUUCCACAUGUCCUUUGGAAUUGGCGCCUUUCCAUUUGGUUUCUUUACAUCCUCGUUAAAUUUUGAAGCUCGCCAAGCUGGCGCUGCCAAUCGUGGACAGACUCAGAAUGAAGAUGAACAGGCCCUAUCCCGAAUGUUUCUCUAUUUGGCUUUUUUGUGCAUCGGAUGGCUGCUCUUUGCAUAGCCAGAGAUCUAAACAACAAAAGCAACAGCAACAACAACAACAACAAUCGCAGCAAUCGUUAUUCAAUCAAUUUAGGCAAUCCCAAACAAGGACAACGAUGAGUGGCGAUGAUGAUGACGACGAAAACGCGUAAAUAGUAACAACAAUUAGCACACAGUAUCCUCCGGCGAUAAAAAAAAAAUAAUAUUCCAGCAGUCACUACUAUAACUGAAAGUAAAAAAACAAAAAAUAGAAAGUAUACAUGGGCAUACACACACGCACACC